AUGAAGCUUUUAUCGACUUCCCUUUUCCUGGUCGGAGUUCAAUGUACUUUACCGCAAAUCUUCCAGUAUCGCGUGGACAACCCUGACCCGCUGAGUAUCUGGGCGUUAGGCUGCCUCAACCAAACUGAUUGGGUCGAGCAAAUCAUCAGAGCCUACGAGCUUGAUGAAUGGGCACCGAUAAUCGCUGAUACGAUGGAACAAUUUGAUGAAAUGGCAUCGCAGUUUUGCAGUGACGACCAGCUGAAACCACACUUGUUGAAUGUGGAAGGAAAUACCCUAAUGCGAAUAAGACCGAUGGGUAGCGAAUACGUGGCAGCGUUCACCUGUUUCUACACGGACCUCGGUAAUGCGUGCGGCGGUCCCGAGACGAUUUACGACAUUGUACAUAUGGAUCAUAGCCUGCUGGAAUAUUUCCUGGAUUUUGUCUACAAUUUUGGCGGCGGUCACGAAUGGCUGUGGAAGUUGUCGCGGCGGCAGCAAAUUUUGAUGGAACUGUAUGGCCCAGAACCGGAAGAGGACAAGAAGGCGCUUCAU